GUAUUGGAGCUGGGCGGACUUGGCGUUCAAGAUACGUAAAAUAGAUACUCUGAACCACACCAUCACUCUCUCGCUGACAAGGACCGCCGUGGCAUACGUCCAGGUGUCUACAACCACGGCAACUUGACUGGAAUCACCUCACAGGGCGGCUACUUCCGGGUGAUAAACAUGCUCUCGGAAAUUGACGAGCCCGGGGAGUACUACGUAGACAGAAGUACGGGGAUUCUGUACAUGUGGCCCAAUACACCAACAGGUUUUCUGACGUCAUCAGAUAUUGUGUAUGCGUCAAUGCUUGACGACUGUAUCAAACUUGACCCCGGCGUGUCCAACCUGAGAUUUGAGGACUUUACCCUGGAAGCCUGUCGAAAAUUCGGAAUCGAUGCGGAAAACGUGUCUAAAGUAGAACUGCGACAACUUGAGUUAAAGAAUACAGGUUCCUACGUGUUCCACUGUGGAGGAGACUGUCGGUCCGUCACUGUGUCCAGGUGUGAAAUACACGAUGGAGGUGGAGGCAUUGACAUAUUUGGCGGCGACCGUGUCAACCUUAUCGCCUCCGGUAACGUGGUUGAAGACAACCAUAUCUGGAAGUACAGUCGGGUAGGGGCAGUUGGACAGGACGCAGUCCACGUUGAUGGUGUCUACAACCUCAUACGGUACAACCACAUCCACGACGGACAAUAUGCUGCGAUCAAGUUCGACGGUAACGACCACGUGAUGGAGUAUAAUCACGUCCACCACAACUGCCUCAAUGCCAGCGACUGUGGUGCUUUCCAUGCUACCAGGAGUUGGUCCUUUCGAGGCAACAUGAUCCGAUAUAACCACAUCCACGAUACCAUCAGGCUAAUGCCAGGGUCAGGUGUCAGGGGCAUCAUGCUGGACGACGAGUACUCCAGCGUCACAGUUGAACACAACGUCUUCUACCACAAUGACAUUCACGCGAACAUUGGUGGCGGCCGUGACAACAUCAUCCGGUACAACGUCAUGUACGACAGUGUAUCGGAGAGUAUACAAGUAGACGCCAGAGGAUCAUCGCCUCAUUUCGACGUUCAUCGAGUACUUGACCGAGAUCUGUCUUCUGUUCCAUACAAAAGCGCUCUGUGGAAAGCUAAAUACCCUCAAAUGAGUACGUUAGAGACUGGGACACCUCUCUACCCUGAAGGUAACCAGAUCUACAAGAACAUCUUCUGGAACCAGGGCAAUCAAAAGGGGGUUCUCUACUUUCAGCCAAAUUUUGCUUACAAGAGAUACUUCGAUGUCCAUGAUGACCACGUGGUACUCCAGAAAUCCAAUUUCUACGCUCCGGAUAAUGGCGAUUUCCGACUUCGCUGUGGCACCAAACAAUGGGCAAAUGGUGUAAACUUUGAAGAACCAAUAGCUUUGAAAGAUGUUGGCCCACGUCAAAGCACAGGUCCAACGUACAUGAAGACAGUGUUGCCGACUAUACCCGCAUCUCCAACUCCUCAGCCGUGUGAUCAGUCUACGGUUGCCCCGGAAACAAAGAUUCCUGCAACACCGUAUAUCUCCGAUGGAUCGGGGCCAAAUUCGUUAUACCCUAAUAUUACAGACGGGUGCUGGUUCAUCACUGACCAGUGUCCGAGACAUCCUCGACCCCGUAUGUUCCGGGACAUGGGUGACCAGAAGAACGACCCUGUGUGGACGAGGGAGGCAAGGUGUCUCAGUCGGGCUGUGGACCAGUGGAAAUACUGUGGCUCUAGUAACCGCCAUUCACUCAAGGCUGUGUUCGGUCCAACAGGUGCCAUGACCAUUGCUGGCAGUGGUUGCUACAAUGCAUUUGAACAAUGCCCCAAACAUUAUGCCCAUCCUGGUAUACAUCACGAUAAUUAUGCAGAACAAGCACAAAAUGCAAGUACUGAUGUGGAGGGUUGUUUAUCACGGGCAAGAUCAAUCUGGACCUAUUGUGGAUCUUACCCCCAGUAUCCCGUCUCAAGCAUAUUUAUGCCAACAGGUACCGUCCGUAGUGCAGGUGCCGGAUGUUGGAUCAAGAUAUCUUCCUGCCCCGCUGACAAGCAACUGAAACCAUUUUUCUAUGACGCAUGGGGCGCUACCAACACAGGAUCGGAUGACCUAGGUGAUAACUGUUUCGAGAGGGCCACCUACUUCUGGCAACGUUGUGGUUCUCACCGGAACCUUCCCGUCACCGCCUACUUCCGUCCGGAUGCUACUCAAAGGACUGUACCAGCAAGCGUCUAAAUGUCUACAGACAUUAACUCUGCAAAAUAAAUCCGAAGCUGUG